CGGAAAUAAAAAUAAAUCCAAAAAUCCACGUUUUGUUACUGGCGUCUCUGAUCGCGACGAGACAACGAAUCUUCCUAGCUGUUAGUAUCACAUCGAGCUCUUCGUACACGAUGAUUCCUAUUUCAAUCGGAUUCCUCUGAGUUCAAGAAAUCGGAAGUUUCCGGCUUCAGACUGAGAUCAGUCCGGCGAUGUGGUUCUAAUUAGGGUUUUGGCAGUGAAAGAAUGGGGUUUUAAUGGAGGAGUUGAGUGAUUUUGGUUUAGUGAAAUCCAUCGGGUUCCAGAUGUUUCUGGUCCGCGGGAAAAUGAGGCGGAAAGUGUAAAGUUCGGCUUUUUUUUUUCUUUGUGCUCUGAAGAAGAAUCGCUAAGAGGGUAUCGAAGCUGGAAAUGGCAACUCCUGUGGAUCCUCCAAAUGGGAUUAGGUAUCAAGGGAAGCAUUACUUUUUAAUGUGGCAAACAUUGUUUGAAAUUGAUACUAAAUAUGUGCCAAUCAAGCCUAUUGGACGAGGGGCCUAUGGGAUUGUGUGCUCUUCGGUGAACAAGGAAACCAAUGAGAAAGUUGCAAUUAAGAAAAUACACAAUGCUUUUGAGAACCAGAUUGAUGCGUUGAGGACUUUGCGUGAAUUGAAGCUUCUGAGACAUCUGCAGCAUGACAAUGUGAUUGCUCUUAAAGAUGUGAUGAUGCCUGUUCAUAGGAGAAGCUUCAAGGAUGUGUAUCUAGUUUAUGAACUCAUGGAUACUGAUUUGCAUCAGAUUAUCAAGUCUUCUCAAGCACUUACAAAUGAUCACUCCCAAUAUUUCCUCUUCCAGUUGCUUCGAGGCCUGAAGUAUCUCCACUCAGCAAACAUCCUCCACCGUGACUUGAAGCCUGGGAAUCUUCUCAUCAAUGCAAACUGUGACCUGAAAAUAUGUGACUUUGGGUUGGCACGCACUAGCAAUGCCAAGGGCCAAUUAAUGACAGAGUAUGUUGUGACCCGUUGGUACAGGGCUCCUGAGCUUCUACUUUGCUGUGACAAUUAUGGGACGUCCAUUGAUGUGUGGUCUGUUGGAUGCAUCUUUGCUGAGCUUCUUGGGCGGAAACCUAUCUUCCCUGGCACAGAAUGCCUCAACCAACUUAAACUCAUCAUCAACAUCCUUGGCAGCCAGAGGGAGGAGGAUCUUCUAUUUAUUGACAAUCCUAAAGCAAAGAAAUACAUCAAAUCACUCCCAUUUUCCCCUGGGAUACCCUUUUCCCAACUGUACCCCCAUGCUGAACCUUUAGCAAUUGACUUGCUGCAAAAGAUGCUUGUUUUUGACCCUACAAAGAGGAUUAGUGUCACUGAAGCACUCCAACACCCUUACAUGGCUCCCUUGUAUGAUCCCAGCUGCAACCCUCCUGCCGAGUUGCCAAUUGAUCUUGACAUAGAUGAGGAUCUAGGGGAGGAGAUGAUAAGGGAGAUGAUGUGGAAAGAAAUCCUUCACUACCACCCAGAAGCGCCAACAGUCAAUGCUGAGGUGUGAUAGUUUUUUUCCCUCUUCUCAGUUAUAAAGAUGAGCCUGUGUGGUUGAUUUGCCUUUGACAAACAGGGAAGUUGUAUUUUAGCUUUCUAUUUAUGUUUUUCUUUUCCCUUUCACUUUGGAUCAUAAUAAUCACAAUGAAAGUCAUGAAACCCUACCGUUGUUAUGCAUAACAUGACUAGUUGUCUCAGAAGACUUUUCACAAACUGGAGUUCUGUAAUGUAAAGCCCUCCCAACUUUGUAUAUUAGGGUGCUGUUGUAUGUGACGGUGAACUUGACAACUUCUUGUAAAUUAAGGUCAGACAUGUAUUCAAUC